UAAUACCAUUUCAAACCUUUAAAAAGUAACAAUUGAUACAUAUAACAGUAUUCAAUAUGUCAACGUCAGUCUCAUUACCACAAAAGAAAUAUUAUAGACAACGUGCUCAUUCCAAUCCUAUCGCGGAUCAUUGCAUAGAAUAUCCUAUAAAACCAGAUUUAAUGGAUUGGAGCACAUUUUUUCCUCGAUACUUUUCUAACGAUAAAGACGAUGAAAGAAACAGGGAUAUUAUUCAAAGGCAUGUAGAAUUUGCUGAUAUUGGUUGCGGUUAUGGAGGCCUCCUUGUUACUUUAUCGCCAAUGUUCCCUAAUAAUUUAAUACUUGGUAUGGAAAUCAGAGUUAAAGUAUCAGAUUAUGUAACAGAUCGCAUAAGUGCAUUGCGAUCUCAAAAUCCAGGACAAUAUGAAAAUAUAGCUUGCUUAAGGACCAAUGCUAUGAAAUAUUUACCCAAUUACUUUCAUAAAGGACAGCUAAAGAAGAUGUUUUUUCUAUAUCCAGACCCACACUUUAAAAGAUCAAAACAUAAAUGGAGGAUAAUAAAUAAAACUCUUCUAGCUGAAUAUGCAUAUGUCCUUGCAGAAGAUGCUAUCAUAUAUACAGUAACUGAUGUAAAGGAUUUACAUGAAUGGAUGGUACAUCAUUUUGAAGAACAUCCAUUAUUUGAAAGUAUACCUAAAGAAGAAUGGGCUAAAGAUCCUAUAGUUGAGAAACUUUAUGAAAGUACGGAAGAAGGCCAAAAAGUAACAAGAAAUAGAGGAGAUAAAUUUUUAGCUAUAUUUAAACGAAUUGCCGAUCCAAAUGUUAUAAAAACAAGCUAACGUACGAUACACUAUGUAUCUGCUAAAAUAAAUAUCAUUUUUUUUAUUGAGAUCUAAA